AUCAAGGGGAUGGAUGACUGGAGUUUCCCUUGCGGACUGAAGAUUAAUGGAAGGGGUCUGUUGAUUAGGAUACUCGCCUAUUUGCCUGUCGUCCAAGGAAACAGUUGCAUUUGACGACUGGCUUUGAAACGAAUGGAGGUCUCUUGUUUUCGGUAACCGGCGGAGGGAAAACAAAGUUACGCUGAUAUCCAUCUGGCUGUCCAUUUCUCAGCUUGACAAGGCCUACCCACACAGAAAUAGCACCUGGUUAGCUAAGGCCAGGAUUCGACAGAAAAGACGCUAAAAGCUAAUGUUAGCUUGUCACUUGGAAAUACGGGGCCAUCUUUUGUCGACUUGGAUUUUUUGAGAGAAAUGUAUCAUUUUUGAAAAGGACAGUCAAGUGACUUUGGAGUUUGCCUGCUCUUGUUUGGAGCUCGGGAGCUACAGUUAUUUAAGGAAUACCGCUUGCUAUCAGUGCUAGCUAACGUGCCAACCUUGUUAACCCGAAACGCCCGAUUUCGCUGCAGACUUGGACUUCAGUCGCUUGACCAGAGUGCUUUGCAUAUUUGGGACUUAGUGUGGUAAAUAAAUUAAUACUCGUUUAAGAAUAAUGACAGCUGUUAGCUAGUAGCUGCUCGUUUGGCUGUAGUACUGUGUGUCAAGCGGCUGCGUUAGCACAGUGUAGCACAACUCAAUCAACGACUUCAGAAGUAAACUCAUUCCUAGUCCAGGGACAUCACCGACGGCCUGCCACCAUGGGCAACACGCCCACCGCAAAGAAGGGCAAUGAAGUGGAGAGUGUGAAGGAGUUUCUUGCCAAAGCCAAAGAAGAUUUCCUGAAAAAAUGGGAGAAUCCAGCACAGCAAACUGCAGCAUUGGAUCAUUUUGAGCGUUUGAAGACUUUGGGCACCGGUUCUUUUGGCCGAGUCAUGUUGGUGAAACACAAAGAAACGGGCCAGCAUUUUGCUAUGAAAAUUCUUGACAAACAGAAGGUAGUGAAGCUGAAGCAGAUAGAACACACAUUGAAUGAGAAACGUAUCCUGCAAGCAGUCAGCUUUCCUUUUCUGGUGCAGCUGGAACACUCUUUUAAGGAUACCAGUAAUCUGUAUAUGGUGAUGGAGUAUGUGCCUGGGGGAGAGAUGUUUUCCCACCUGAGGAGGAUCGGUAGAUUCAGUGAACCACACGCCCGCUUCUACGCUGCCCAGAUUGUACUGACCUUUGAAUACCUGCACUCACUGGACCUAAUCUACAGAGAUCUAAAGCCAGAGAACCUGCUCAUUGACCAGCAGGGUUACAUACAGGUCACAGAUUUUGGAUUUGCAAAAAGGGUGAAAGGCCGAACCUGGACACUCUGUGGCACUCCAGAGUACCUGGCGCCAGAGAUCAUCCUCAGUAAAGGCUACAAUAAAGCAGUGGACUGGUGGGCUCUGGGAGUUCUGAUAUACGAGAUGGCUGCUGGGUACCCUCCCUUCUUCGCAGACCAACCCAUCCAGAUUUAUGAAAAGAUUGUAUCGGGGAAGGUCCGCUUUCCCUCACACUUCAGCUCAGACCUGAAGGAUCUCUUGAGAAAUUUGCUGCAAGUGGACCUGACGAAGCGUUUUGGCAACCUCAGGAAUGGAGUCAAUGAUAUCAAGGGUCACAAAUGGUUUGCCACUACUGAUUGGAUUGCCAUCUACCAGAGGAAGGUGGAAGCUCCCUUUAUUCCCAAGUGCAAAGGCCCCGGAGACACAAGCAACUUUGAUGACUACGAGGAAGAGGAAAUCCGAGUCUCCUUCUCAGAGAAGUGUGCAAAGGAGUUUGCAGAGUUCUAAAUUCGAACCACGAGUAGCACACAGAGGGAGCGACCGCGAUUUAGAUACUAUAGGGGAUCUGACUUCAUGAAGCACUAGGGUGGACUUAAAACGUGCUCUUUUGUGAUGAGGAAAACAAUGUAAAAUUCCCCCCACUCCCAAAUGAAAAGGUAGGCAAAGUGACAAAAGGUCCACAGCACCAGCAGUGUUGCCUUCUAUGAUUGUUUCUCAAAGGUUUCCUGUUCUUUUUUUUCUUUAACCCCUCUUGUGCUUCUGACAGGGGCUCAACAAACAGCCACAUGUUGUGGCUGUUCAGCUAGAAUUCUGACGACUUCAUGACACAUUUUUAGUUUCUGAAGGUUGAGUCCAGGUUUAUUUCUGCAAAGGUACUUAAUCUGUUCGGCGCAUUUUUAUUUUUAUCUUUAUUUUUGGCUGGGUUCACUCGACGAGCUUUUUCUGGUGAUUGUGGAGUGCUUGCUGUAUCCCGUCCGCCUAGUAACCCGUUCAUCUCCACCCCAAAUCUGUCCAAGCAAUACCAAGUCCAACAGAUGUGCCUAUCACAAUGCCAACUGGUUGGAAAAAGGUGUCAAACGCGUCGAGUUUUUGGCUGUCGUGGCAUCGGCUCAUGUGGCCGCUUGGUUGAGAACAGUCUGCCUUUGUCUGCUUAUCAGGGUGCAGUCGUCGGGUGGCCGAUGCCCUCUGCUGGCUGAGUCCCAAGCAGUGGCGACGAAAACGAUUUAUCAUCUUUGUCUUGCUCCUCUGGGGACCUAUGGGACGUUAACAGGCGGUCUGCAUUGAAAAACUUUCUCUUAGCUGAAUUUAUUAGAGCAUUUUAAAAAUCCUGUUGGUGAUCAUUUUGUCCUUUUUUAUGUCAAUCUCUGUGCUUGUAUGUUAUUUAGUGGUCAUGGGUGGGUUUAUAAGCUGUGGUUUUGCAGCUGCUAACAUAGUGGUCACACUCCGGACUUCUUUAUUUAAUUCAUAGUACAUUUAUACAUGUGUGUAUAUAUAUAUAUAUACAUGUGUGUGUAUAUAUAUAUAUAUAUAUGUGUGUGUAUAUAUAUAUAUAUAUGUGUAUAUAUAUAUAUAUAUAUAUAUAGAGGACAUGAAUUUUCCAUCUUUUUCAAGAUUCUCAUAGCUGUGAAAUUGACUUAAUAUUUCAUAAACUGAUAAACAAAUUCUGCCAAAUUUGCAGGCUGAAAACACUGCAGUUGUUUGUAUGUGAUUAAGAUGGAGGGGGCUUUUAAUACACGAAGCAGUAGCAAAACACGUGCAUGUUAUUUUUGUACUUUAAUCACCAUUGAGGACCGAUGGCAGAGCAUUGUGCCUGACCUGAGCUGAGGUACUUGAGGAUGAGGCCAAAAUCCUCAAGUGAACACGGAAGGAGGCCCAAUUAUGGUUGAUCCAGAUUUGUCCAUUCUUCACCUUGUUGGGCAAAAAAACAAAAAAAAUGAAAUGGUUCUAGAAGUUUUCUGACCUUGACAGUGUUCUCCCUGUUUUUUAAUUUUUGCUUAUUUCAAGUGAAAGCAAAUUCUGGGAGUUUGGGGGGGGGGGGUCCAUUUUUUCUGCUUUUUGUGCAACAUACUUUAAAAAAAAAAAAAAAAAAAAAAAAGUCUAAAAUUGUGGUCUAUUUCUCCAACUGAUUUUCUGUGGGCACAAGACAAUCGCAGACCAGGUCUUAUUGCUGGUUUGCUGACAAAAACGUAUUGGUCUGGUUUAAAGAAUAAAAGCUUUCACCUUCCAACCUUCAAACGGCCCUAGGUGCUAGACUUUGUCCACCUCACUGAAAAGCUUUUGUGAAUUGUUUGAUGUGCAUCGAUCUUUUUGUCGGCGUCUCGUAACAUUACAUUUGAAGAAUGUUUUUGACUCAAAGAUUUCAGUUGGCUCCAGUAAUUAUUUUUUGGCAGUGUCUUAACGUAGUUCUGAUCAAACACGAGAUAGAUUUUUGAAUGUCUUGAAAUGCAGAUGUGUUUCCUUUGUGUUACAAAUGUUUCUUUAGUGGGUUUGGUUUUCCUCGCAUGUUAAAGCAGAGCAGUGGCUCCCGUUUGACCCGAGACCGCUUCCAGACGUUUGCAGAUCCGACGGCGUCUCUGCUGUUUACCAACUUGAAUCGAUAUGAGCUUCACACUGGAACGGUGCAGCGGAUCACCAACCAACUCAUGGUGUCUGAGAUAAUGAAGCACAUGUCACACCUUUAGGGUAUGGACUCUUUCAUUCAUGUGUGAGGAUUCUUUCAAAGGUAACCUACUUUGCAAAAGAGCACAUGUGACAACUUUUCACGUUUGUUCUCACAUAAAUCACUGGGUGGGUAGAAGGCAGCCCCGCUUGAUCCACUGAAACAUCCCGCCGCUCUCUGUUUCUCUGAUUCACGUACAAACCCGACGUCGGUCUGAUAAAAGUUUGUUUCCAUCAUCGUUUACAGUAUGAACCGCUUUCUGCAACAGAGUUUGUCUCCUGUCUGCCUUCUACGGCAUUUCCACACACUUUAUUCAAUCAUAACACUUUUUACAUCUCGAGAUGUUUUGCGUUCAUGUUUUCUAUUUGUAUUUUCAAAAAAUAAAAAUAAAAAAUAGAAAAAGGCAAAAACAGAACAUUAACCUUUUUUUUCCCCUCAUGACCUGGGUACAGUGCUUGUGUAGUCUAUUGUACCUUUUGGGAAACAAUAUUGUAAAUCCUUGCCUUCAACAGUCUUAACUAUCUUACCCACUGGAGAACUUGACAGAUACCCUUAGAACACAAUGAUUAUGUAUAAAAAAUAUAAACAAAAUAAUAUUUUGCAAAAUGUAUCAUUCCAAUAAAGUUUUACUUGUUAAGACUGA